CUUCUUUCGCUCUGGCUUCUGCACCUCAGCAAUGACGACCCCACAUGUAAUAGCAUCUUCAUCCCCCCACCCGUCAUCACAAUCUGGUGCGACUAACAGCAUCGUCGGCACUCAUUUUCGCGUUGGCAAGAAGAUUGGCGAGGGCUCUUUCGGUGUCGUAUUCGAGGGCUUGAACCUAUUGAAUAACCAACCCGUCGCCAUCAAAUUUGAGCCCCGAAAAUCUGAAGCUCCUCAGCUGCGUGACGAGUUCAGGUCGUACCGGACGUUGAACGGAACUCCCGGCGUCCCACAAGUGCACCACUUUGGACAAGAAGGGCUCCACAAUGUUCUCGUCAUCGACCUCCUCGGGCCCAAUCUCGAGGACCUGUUCGACAUGUGUAGUCGUAAAUUCACGAUUAAGACAGUCUGUAUGGCCGCGAAACAGAUGAUUACGCGUGUCCAAGCUAUUCAUGACAAGUCCCUCAUUUACCGAGACAUAAAACCCGAUAAUUUCCUAAUAGGAGUCCCUGGUACGAAGAAUGCCAACACUAUUCACAUAAUCGAUUUUGGCAUGGCCAAGCUCUACCGUGACCCCAAAACAAAACAACACAUUCCGUACCGUGAACGCAAAUCGUUGUCUGGUACCGCACGGUACAUGUCCAUCAAUACCCACUUGGGGCGUGAGCAGUCUCGGCGAGAUGAUCUAGAGUCUCUUGGUCACGUCUUCAUGUACUUCCUCCGUGGCGGUCUACCAUGGCAAGGUCUUCGGGCUGCUACCAACAAGCAGAAGUACGAGAAGAUUGGCGAGAAGAAGCAGACGACGCCGAUUGAUGAACUUUGCGAGGGCUUCCCUGAGGAGUUCAGCAUCUACAUGCACUACGUACGCAAGCUCGGAUUCGAGGAGCAGCCGGAUUACGACUUCCUGCGCGAGCUGUUCACCAAGGUUCUCAAGAACCUUGGCGAGGUGGAGGACGGGGUGUUUGAUUGGAUGGCCCUCAACGGAGGCAAGGGACUGGAGGCCGGGCAGCUUCACCAGGAGUCCUCACGUACUGCGCAACGCGAGCACCGGACACGCGAUCGCGAUCAUGCUCACCGCCGCUCGCGCCAGCCGCUCGACCAGUCACAACCAGGUUCACCCAUGGUACUCGCGCCAUCGCCUGCUGCUAUCAAGACGAGCAGACGAACACCUCAGCUGGAAUCUCGCGGGGCCUCGCGCGAGCACAUCAGCGUGCAGCCGGUUGCGCCCACCAGCCGCCGGGCAAGCCAACACCGUGGAGAUCGCGAACGCGAUAGCACACUGGUCGCGCAGCAUCCGUAUGCAAACGCGUCAAGCCAGAACCAGUACCGCAACACCGCAUAUGGCAACACCUCGCAGGUGCAGUAUAAUGGCAUGGGCCAGCUGAGCAACGGGCACGCUAACUCACCUGUCUUACCUACCGCGGCCAACGACUUCGUGUACGGUAAUCAGUCACAGCGACAAAGUGCGGCUGACAUGAACACCGCGACGCCGAGGACGAACGGCACCAACAAGGCUGUCCCCGCGUUCGGAGAGCAGAGCGCCAUCAUUCAAGAGCAGGACGAGCACGGUGGGAGGAAGAGGUCGUUCUGGGCAGCGCUCUGCUGUCGAGGAUAAACAACAAGGACACAAACGUCUGCCGCCGGUUGGCAGUGAUGACAUCUGACUAAUUGCUGUUGCUCUCGACUUCAUGACGUCUAUGAACUCAAGAUAUUUAUCUUUACUAAGGCGCAAUGCCUCUAAUAUUUUUCCGCGGACACCUCCUUGGCCAUGUCGCCUCAAUCAUGACGCUCGUCUCCUUGACCAUCUGCUCUCGCUCACGGCUCCGGUCCAGCACACGACUGCAACGCACCACGCAUCCCUAGAUACCCUCGUCCGUCCCGGAUGUCAGGCACCGUCGCUCCUUUUCCGUCACGACGCACACACAUCGCCUUCUGCAUCUUCAUGCUCGCACGCAAUGCAUUCCUCGCCCUACACACAUCUCUCGCCAUCUCAUCCUCCUGUGGACGCUCUGGAUUGAGUGCAAGGAACGCACCCGCAUCAUUCUCUUCUGCCUGUCUCAUCUUCCUGCGCCUUUCUGUAUAAUGCCGUUACACGUUUUCUCCUUUCCCUCUACAUUUCUCUCCUCUACAGCUCUUUCUCUUGUUUUAUGCACAAUAUAGUUAGCACCGUAUGUUCAGCGCCG